AUGGGAGGAAGAAGAAAGCUCUUUGACAUAAGAAGUCUGUUUGGGCAGGAUGCCACACCUGAACAUGACAGCGAAGAGGACGAGGUGUACAGGGCCAUAGAGGAGAAAAGGAGGAGGAAAAGGGCUGGGCCUGUGGAGAGGAUACUUUCUCAGGAGGAUGUUCUGAUUCUCGAGAAGAUGGACAUCGAGGAGGUUGUGCCCAGGAGCCUCCGCUCGAUGGAAAGUGUAGAGGAGGGGGCGGAAGACUCCGAGCCGGCCAGGGACAACGACAGGUGGAAGAUCCAUGUCCUAAGGGAUUUGCUGAGGAAGAAUCGUUUGAAUGUGGAUGCUCGGAUUAGGCUCAGCCGGCUCCUGGAAGAGGAAGAGGGUGCAGAGGUGUUGCUUGAAGGCCGGGACAUCAAGGACAUGAUGCUAUGGAAGGAGAUCAUUGAGAGGUGCUAUGUGCCCGAGAUGGUUGAUGAGGCACUAGAGGUUGUGGACGGAGACGAAGACUUCUAUGUACACCUAUUUCUGAAGAGCAAGGAUGUUAGGGUGCUGAAGGCUGGAGUCAGGAAGUAUCCCAGGAGCACUGAGCUGAGGAAGAUGGUGUUUGAGGGCCUGGAAGCCGUUUCUGAGAAGCAGAUGUUUCUGUAUGACUCCAUAGUUGAGACCAAGGAGGAGGAGCUGGUGGACAUGUUUACCAGGACGAAUCCCAGCAGAGAGCUUGCAGUAUCACUGUACAAAAGACUCAAAGCCCAGGACACGUAUUUCGACCAGUUGAUAGUCUACCUGCUAGGGGAUGGAGACGAUUCCUGGGUGAUUGAGGAUAUGCUUAGGCUGGGAUUGGAGAGGGUCCUCUGGAUUCUUCGGAAGGGAAAGAGGAAACUUGAUCUUCCGUCUCUGGUUCUUGCUAGGAGCGAUGUUCUUCUGUACCUAGGAAAGAUAGAGGUGGAGCCGAUGACCAGCCUUCCCUCUGACCUCUGGUCCCUGUUUGUUUCGAUGAGUACCCAGAGGCUCCAUGACGACGAAACGUUUAUUUGCUGCUACAACAUUGCAAAGCAGCACCUUCUUGAUGCCGAGUUUAUAGACAGGUUUUUUGUGAUGGCGCCUCGGCGGUACUUUGUGGAUCUUAUGAAGGCCAAGGAGCUAUGGAAGCUGUUUACGAUGGGCAAGGAUAUUGUGUGUUUCCGGAAAGCAGAAAGGGUUCUUGAAGGAGGAAUAAGAGAGUACGGGAAGGAGAAGAAGCUGUUUAUACUUGCCAGGUCGAAGAUCUACUAUGCAGCGCGGGAGUACCAUCGAAGCUAUUUGGUGAUUCCUGGAAGAAUGAGAACAAUAAGGAAGUAUGUGAUACUGUCGCAGAUAGACCUGGAAAGGGCCUUUUCUGAGCUGGGAAAGGAUCUGUUUAGCUAUAAGCACUGGCUGCUGUAUGCGGAGCUGGCAGAGAAGAAAGGGAUGGAUGCCCAGGAGAUAUACGAAGAAUGCAUGGCAAGAUAUCCGGAGAACUUCAAGGUUGCUGUUGGGUACAUAAGGUAUCUGAAAGGGAGGGACAUGGAGAAGGGGCUAGAGGUGAGUGCGAGGCUGACGAAAAGAUUUGGAUGUGAGGAGUGGCUAUGGUUUGAGAGGUUUGUGAUGUCCAGGAAGCUGGGGAAGAUUUCUCUGCCCAUCCUUUACAACUCUCGGAAGCAUGUGAAGUCUGAACUGAUUGAUUCUGAGAUAAGAUACUAUGAAAACAAAGAUGUUCCUGAAGGGAAUAAGUAUUUUGGAUAUCAGGUGUAUAAGAGGGUAAGAAAGAAGGAGUGCAACGUGAAUGGGAUGUGCAGGGGCUGCGUUACAAGGAUGAAGGGAUAUUACAGAGAAAGGAUAAUGAGGGAACAAGACAAUGGAGACAACUACAUACUGUACUGCUGUGUGAGUGGGGAGGUUGACGAAGAGAUCAGGAGGAUGGUUGAGUUUUUUGAUCCUCGGGGAGGGGACUACUGGGUUAGGGUCAGGAACGUUGUGGACCUUGCAAAGCGGUUUGAGGCAGGGUGCAGGAUGAUAGACUUUGACUUUCUGAGGUAG